UGGUGCAAAUUUUCCCGGGAAUAUUACGUACUAACCACAAUUUCGCGCCAAAUUCAUUGCAGCGGCACGACAAAGCUACAUCCUACAGAAGCUAAUCAACCAGAUUUAAUUUCUAGGACCUGUGAUCAUUCAGGAUGUCUUCACCAACAUCAACUCCCGGUGGAAGCAAGCGCAGCAGGGACAACAUUCCAGCCACUCCAAGCAGUGAUGGCCUGGUCUCUCCUCCUUCCCAGCGGCGACGAGGUCAGGACUCAUCCAACGGGGAUCUGCCAGCCAUGCCCACAUCUCCAGCCACAGAUAUUGCCAGCCCUGCAGUCCAUGACACCUCUCUGUUCUCCAGCCCACGUCGCUCAGUUCUCCCCAGUGAGGUGGACAUGAGCUCCCCUCUGAUGUAUGGGACCCCUAGCUCCAGGGUGGAGGGGACCCCCCGCAGUGGCGUGCGUGGCACCCCAGUCAGACAGCGCCCUGACCUGGGCUCCGUCAGGAAGGCCCCCCAGGUGGACCUCCUCUCCGAGCCGCCAAGUGCAGAUGGUGCAGUAGCCAGUGAGCAGGCAGCGGGACAGAAGUUGGUUAUCUGGGGCACUGAUGUCAAUGUGGGAACGUGCAAGGAGAAGUUUCAGCGAUUCCUGCAGAGGUUCAUUGACCCCACUUCUAAUGAGGAUGAGAAUGCUGGUUUGGACUUGAAUGAGCCUCUCUACAUGCAGAAGCUGGAGGAGAUCAGUGUGAUUGGUGAGCCUGUGCUGAAUGUCAACUGCAGCCAUGUGCAGUCCUUUGAUGCAGACCUGUACAGGCAGCUCAUCUCCUACCCCCAGGAAGUCAUACCUACAUUUGACAUGGCAGUCAAUGAGCUGUUCUUCGAACGUUUCCCAGACUCCAUCUUGGAACACCAGAUCCAGGUGCGGCCAUACAACGCCCUGAAGACCAGGAACAUGAGGAGCCUGAACCCUGAAGACAUUGAUCAGAUGAUCACUAUCAGCGGCAUGGUGAUCAGGACCUCCCAGCUGAUCCCAGAGAUGCAGGAGGCCUUCUUCCAGUGCCAGGUGUGUGCCUUCUCUACCCGCGUGGAGGUGGACCGUGGCCGCAUAGCAGAACCCGCAGUGUGCCGCAACUGUAACACCACCCACAGCCUGGCCCUCAUCCACAACCGCUCGGCCUUCUCCGACAAACAGAUGAUCAAAGUUCAGGAGUCUCCUGAUGACAUGCCUGCUGGGCAGACCCCUCACACCACCAUAGUGUAUGCUCACAACGACCUGGUCGACAAAGUACAGCCAGGAGACCGCAUCAACAUCACUGGUAUCUACAGAGCGGUGCCUAUGCGUGAGAACCCUCGCCAGAGCAACGUGAAGUCUGUGUACAAGACCCACAUCGACGUCAUCCACUUCCGUAAGACGGACGAGAAGCGCCUUCACGGGCUGGAUGAGGAUUCAGACCAGAAGCUUUUCACUGAGGAGCGCGUCCAGACACUGAAGGAGCUGGCCGCCAAACCAGACGUGUACGAGCGUCUCUCCUCCGCCCUGGCCCCCAGUAUCUACGAACAAGAGGACAUCAAGAAGGGUAUUCUUCUCCAGCUGUUCGGGGGCACCCGUAAAGACUUCAGCCAGACAGGCCGUGGUAACUUCCGUGCCGAGGUAAACAUCCUGCUCUGUGGAGACCCCGGUACCUCCAAGUCCCAGCUGCUGCAGUACGUGUUCAACCUGGUGCCCCGCGGCCAGUACACAUCUGGGAAGGGCUCCAGCGCCGUGGGCCUCACCGCCUACGUGAUGAAGGACCCAGAGACCAAGCAGCUGGUGCUGCAGACUGGGGCCCUGGUGCUCAGUGAUAACGGGAUAUGCUGUAUUGAUGAGUUUGACAAGAUGAGUGACAGCACACGCUCUGUGCUGCAUGAGGUCAUGGAGCAGCAGACUCUCUCCAUCGCCAAGGCUGGAAUUAUUUGCCAGCUCAAUGCGCGCACCUCCGUCCUGGCAGCAGCCAAUCCCGUGGAGUCUCAGUGGAACCCCAAGAAGACGACCAUCGAGAACAUCCAGCUCCCUCACACACUGCUCUCAAGAUUUGAUCUGAUCUUCCUGAUGCUGGAUCCUCAAGACGAGGCGUACGACCGUCGCCUGGCUCACCACCUGGUGGCGCUGUACUACCAGAGCGAGGAGCAGAUCGAGGAAGAGUUCCUGGACAUGGCAGUGCUGAAGGACUACAUUGCAUAUGCUCGCACCUACAUCAACCCCAGACUGAACGAAGAAGCCAGCCAGGCACUCAUUGAAGCAUAUGUGGACAUGAGGAAGAUUGGCAGCGGGCGGGGGAUGGUGUCUGCCUACCCCAGGCAGCUGGAGUCUCUGAUUCGACUGGCCGAGGCCCAUGCCAAGGUGCGCUUCUCUGACAAGGUGGAGACAAUUGAUGUGGAGGAGGCCAAGAGACUGCACCGUGAGGCCCUCAAGCAGUCUGCCACAGACCCCAGGACUGGCUUCGUGGACAUCUCCAUUCUCACAACUGGAAUGAGUGCCACGGCCCGUAAGCGUAAGGAGGAAGUGGCCCAGGCCCUGAAGAAAAUGAUCCAGUCCAGGGGAAAGACCCCUGCCAUGAAAUACCAGCAACUGUUUGAUGACCUCAGAGGACAGUCUGAAGCCGCAAUAACGAAGGACAUGUUUGAAGAGGCUCUGCGUGCCCUGGCAGAUGAAGACUAUCUGACCGUCACUGGAAAGACUGUUCGCCUGCUGUAAAGAAACACAGCUCUUCUGUCCUUGUACAGUCAUUCAAUUCACACUUAUUUCCCUGUAGCAACAGCUUUCUCUCUCUACAGAAUAAAUGUAAAAAAUGUUUGACCAUGUUAAUGUUUACUCCAAGUCAGGACUAGCUUUGUGAUUCCUGUUAGUGUGUGGUGGCUUUGAUAUGUUAUUAUGGUGAGCAAUAAAUAAAUGCUUUUGUAUGUCA